AUGAACCGAGAAAAUUUUAUUCGAGGAAUUUCAAUAUUAUUUAAAACUGAAUGGACAGCAUUAAAGUUGGCUGUGGAUAUGCAAUGGGGUGGACACGAUUCGGAAGAUAAAAGAGAUUGGUUAAUCAAUGUUAUCGCGGAAUAUUUUGAUAAAAACGGUAAGGGUACCGAUGUUGAUGAUUUAGAAACUAUUCUGAAUCAGAUCAUGUCAGAUGAAUUUAACACUUUAUUAGAAGAUGAUUCAGCAUAUCAAAUAUCUCAAGACCUAAUUAAAAUUUUACAAAAUGGAGAAAGCUCGACGAUGGAAGAGGAUGAGAAGAUGGAUAUAAAUAAUUCAACAACUCCAUCAAAAUUAUCAAAUAGACCCAUUAUUGAUGAUGAUGGGUUUACUUUAGUAACAAGAAGAAAAUGA